AUGUCUGUUAAUGAAUCUAAAAAUACAUGUAAAAAUGAUACAUUAACAACGGUAAAUUCUCUUAUAAAAUCGUCACCAGCAGAUAAAAUAAAAGGUGUACCUAAAAAAACUCCUCAAGAAGCAAAAAAUUGGAUUUGUGAUAUAGUAAAUCGGUUAUUUAAUGAUUGGAUACCACACAUUGCACCUGCUUUUUUUACAGAAGUAGAACUUAUAGAGUUAUGUUAUAGAGGACGUGAAUCUUUUUGGCAAGAAAAAGGGAUAAUUAAAGUUACACCACCUGUAACAAUUGUUGGUGAUAUACAUGGACAAUUUCAAGAUUUAAAAGCUAUUCUUAUUCAUAAUGGAUGUCCACCAGAACAAAAAUAUGUUUUUCUUGGUGAUUAUGUGGAUAGAGGACCAUUUAGUAUUGAAUGUAUCACUUUACUUUUAGCUUUAAGAAUUCUCUAUCCAGAUAAUGUUAUUCUUCUUAGAGGUAAUCAUGAAUCACAACCUGUUAAUAUGCAUUACGGUUUUUUUGAAGAAUGUAAAAAAAGAUAUUCAACAAGUUUAUAUGAAGCAUUUCAAAGAGCAUUUAAUUGUUUACCAUUUUGUGCAAAUAUCGGUGGAAAAAUAUUAUGUAUGCAUGGAGGAAUUACAAAUGAAAUUAAUAGUUUAAAAGAAUUAGAAUUGAUUGAUAUUCCUUGCGAAAUUUCAGAAUUAGGAGUUCUUGCUGAAUUAACAUGGGCAGAUCCUAGUAAUGAUAAAAAGCACCCAUUUUAUUGUGAAUCACCACGUGGUGCUGGUCAUCUUUUUGGACCAUUAGCUUUAAAUGACUUUUUAAAUUUACAUAAACUUAAUAUGGUUGUUAGAGGACAUCAAGUUGUACAAGAUGGAUAUGAGUUUUUUGGAGAUAAAAGGCUUGCAACAAUUUUUAGUGCUCCAACAUAUACUGGGACACAUAAAAAUUUUGGUGCUAUUAUGCAUGUAUCAAAUAAUUUUACUAUAUCAUUUACAUGUUUUAAAGAUAAAAUUGUAGAUAAUGAAAAUGAAGACAAAGAUAAAACAAAAGAAAUAAAAAAGAAAAAAAAAUAA